UUUCGUUCGUAGUCGUUCUGUUAGCUCGCAGGGCAACUAGAAAUUGACGUACGUCCGAGAUAUUACAUCACUGGCUAAGUAUUCCCUCAUAAAAAAUGCCGUGUUCUUUCCUUGUUUUUUGAACGUGUAGUGUGUGUUGUUAACAUUACUGCUGAGAAAUUGGAUGGGUAGUUAAUUUUUGCCGGUAUCCACGCAGGACGCUUGAAACACAAGAAGCUAAAGGAGUAGAGGAGAUUCCCCCAUAACAGGAAAAAAAGAAUGACAGACAAAAGAGAGAAGCCUGGACUUCCCCCUGUAAAUAUGAACCCAAUGAAUACGGGUAUGUUUGGCUUUGCCCUCCCAGUGCCAUUUCCUGUAUUUACUCCCCAAGUAAUGCCUAUGAGAAUGAUGCCACCUGUUUGGCCAGCAAAUGGUACCUUAAUGCAGCAGUACAUGGAUGCAUUAAGCUCAGGAAUGCUACACACUAUGGGUAAAACCACAGGGAGUGCAAAAGAGCCAAAUACCAAAACGGCGCAACCCCAUGGAGUUGAAGCAUUUGUUGGGUCUUCUAUACCCUCUGCAUUGGACUUUGCAAACAAUAGAAGUCACAUGAGUGGAAUGUUAGCAGAAUAUAGCAAACAGCAGCAGGGAGGUGCAUUUCCGCAGUUCUCAAACUCCCCACUUAUGUUUCCAUUUGGUGGAUUUGUUCCUUUUGGAUCAUACUUCCCUUACUUGAAUGUACCAUCUCAUGAAUUCCUCAAAAAGCAAAGUGAAGAUGACCAAAGUCAGUCCAGUUUGGAAAAUCAAAAUAAGGAUUUAGAAAUUGAUGUUGGGUCAGAAAGCAUGGAUGUUGGUGAGGAGUCACCACAACCUGAUUAUCAUGCCAUGCAAGAAGAAAUAUUGAAAAACAACUCUCCAGAAGUCUCUGUCACAUCAAAUGACUCGUCCUCGCCUGAAAAAGUGAGUUCUUUGCAUGAUAUUAGUGACAACAAAUCCACAGAAAUGGAUGUUGCUCAGAUCCUCAUCAACUUCAUGCAUGUACCGGUGAUAAGUGGCACAAAGCAGGCAUCAGAUAAACCUCCAGAAAAAGGACCUGAUUCUACUUCCUUCAGUACCUCUAUCUCCAAUGAGGAAGUUCAUAAUUCAGCUAAAAGUGUUAAUGUUUGUGGAGACACCUUGCCUGACAGUGCUGCUUCUUUUGAGAGUCCUCCACCAAAGAGUGUAGCAUCUGCAACCUUCCACGAGAGUGUAGAAUCUGGGAAGACUGUACUCCCCAACAGUGAAACUGUCGUCAGAGAUACUCCUCUCAGAAAUGUUUCAGUGAUAAAGGAUGCAUCAGAAAGCAUUCCUGUAACAACAUUUCAGUCUCAACCAGUCAUCAAGAAGCCAGAAGACAACUUGGCAUCACAGAGUAAUAGUAAUAAUCAUUAUUUAGUUAGUGACGUAUCAGUAACUGAAAGUUCAAGGCAAGAGGGUAACACCAAGGAAGGUAAUCCUGGAACUUCAAGUGCUGUUGUUUAUCAGGUAAAUUCAUGUCAAACAAACGAAGUUCAAAGAGCUCAUUCAAGUGUUAUUGCUUAUGUCAAGACUGAAACAAGAACUGAUAAUAAGAUGACAGCUGAAGUAAGUGAAAAGAAAUCGGUUGAUCUCAUUGAACUGGCCCCAAAGCCUGUAGAAAGUAAACAGGGGGGGGUUUCUGAUGAUGAUGAACAUGCAAUCCCAACGGUUGAUGACCUUCUGAAAGGCGACAUGGCAAAUGACAAAUCUACCUAUAAGUGUGAAGUCUGUGCGCAGUUGUUUCGAAGUUCUCUUGGACUUCAGAAACAUUUAGAAUUCCAUACAGACGAUGGGCAGCAUUAUACUUGUACAAUCUGUUUUAAACCUUUUAAGGAAGCCAAAACACUCGAGGAUCACAUUGCACUUCACAUGAGGAAGCGGCCGCACAAGUGUACUUUCUGUCCCAAAGCUUUUCGUGAUCCAGGCUCUCUACAAAAACAUGUGCGGGUUCACACUGGGGAGAGGCCCUAUAAAUGCACAAGUUGCAAUCAGUCGUUUGCGGAAUACAGCUCUCUGAGGAAGCAUCUUCGUGUCCACACUGGAGAGCAACCUUAUCGCUGUCAAUUUUGUUCAAAAGCAUUUUCUAUUUCGGGAAAUCUUCAAAGGCAUGUUCUUAUCCACACAGGUGAAAGGCCAUAUAAGUGUAGCUUUUGCCCUAAAGCUUUUAACAACCCAAGCCAUUUGAGACGUCAUGUAAAGAACUUGCAUUUUAAGGGUGAUGCUACAACUGGUGUUGUAGAAGACAUGAUAUCUGCACUCAAUGGGGAUGUCAGUGCACAGAUGAAAGGGAAUUUGCAGGGAAACACUGAAUUUGUGGACCAGUGUAAUGAUAUUUCUGUUGGAUAUAGACAGCUGACAGAAAAUUUGACAGAAAAUCGUAGUACAUGCAGUACUUAAUUCAUUUUGGUAACAUUAAGCUGCUUGUAAAUAAUUAUGCUUAAUUUGCUUUUUUUAUCGGUAGAAUCUGCUUUAGUUAUAAUUUAUGGUCAAUUCUAUAAGUUACAGCAAGCAAUCCAGUAAAGUUGAUUUCUCUUCUAAAAAUUAAGUGUAUGUUAUAUGGGACCAUUUUGAUGGGUUUUCUCUUUAGGCAUAACUGAAUAUAAUGAACAACUGCAGUGGGAAAACUCUCAAUCUGCAAAACUUUAAGACUGAAUAAAACAUUCAGUUACCCUCAGGCUGAGUAGGAGGCCUUCUGGUUUCCAAUUGAAAGGAAAGUAAGCAGUGUACAUUUUGUGAGGGGAAUGGGGAAAAAAAGGCAAAUAAGCAAGGAGUGGAGAGGGAAGGGUACACUUUGUCAUCAUGUCAAUUUGUCCCUACCCCUCCCCCCACUGAGGCAUUUUUUUCCCCAUGCCCUACUUCAGCUCAUAAUUCCCUUGCAUGGAAUGAUAACCACUGUCUGUGCAGGCCACUCUAACCCUGGUUCAGCUUUAUUUUGACUUGGAAAGCCAACCUUGUUGCCAGGUUGGACGGAGCUGAAUAAUGAAAUGCUAUGUCAAAGGGUAUGCGGUCAACAAUGCGGGCUCAAGUGUCCUAGGUCUAAAAUUU